AUGAAGGGACACCCAGAUGUAGCUUGUGCAAAAAGCGAAGACUGGACUGCACCUAUCCCCCUUCCAGAUCUCCCCGAUGUGGUUCCGGGUCCAGACGGGGACGCGCUAUCGACAAGGAUGCUCGAGAUGAGACUCUUCCAUCACUAUGUAACAGAGACCUACAUCACCCUCUGUCAAGGGCGGCUCGACGCCAAUCACUUCCAAGUAGUCAUUCCACGAAUCGCAGUUGCUCACCCCUUUCUGCUGGACAGUCUUCUCGCACUCUCCGCUUUGCAUCUCGCCUACCUCGAGACGCAUGAUAACCAUUCGUGGCUAGAGAUCGCCCUCAAAUAUCAAAACCGAGCGUGUUCCGCCUUCAGUCGUGUCUUGGCCGAGAUGUCACCCGAGAGCUGCGGUCCAGCCUUCAUAUGCUCCAUCUUCAUCAUGCUCUGUGCAACAGCCUACCCCUGCGUCACCCAGGACCGACAAACGUUUGAGCCUUUAUCCCACGUCUUGGAGAUUCGACAGCUCAUCGCUGGCUGUGCCUUUCUUUUUGAACAGCUCAACGGCAUGGAAUAUCGGGGUGAUUUGCAGGGUUGGCUGAAGUAUAAGGAUGACGAGGUCGACCAGGACGGCAAUCCUUACAGUGCCAUAAUGGAAUCUAUGCAACGUGUGCAAGUGAAAUACACAAGUCUCGGCGGGCCACACCAAACCACCUACCAAGGGACCUGGGACAUUCUCCAUGAAGCCAUCAAACGAUGGCCGUUUGGGGGUCCCAACGGCGGGGUGAUUGCAUGGCCUAUCAAUAUCAGUGAAGACUAUAUCGCCCUCUUGCAAAGCGGAGACUGGGUGGCCCGUGUGCUAUUUCUCCACUACGGGGUCGGUCUGCACCUUCUCUCCGACAAGUGGUUUGUCCGAGACUGGGGACGACGUCUCAUUGAAACCGUCUUGCAGUCGCAAGAAGACGUUCCCUCCAUGUGGACCGACACCAUCGCCUGGACGCGAGAGGCGAACAACCAGCCAACGCCAAUCCCAAGCCACGAUGCAGAGAAGCAGCCAAUCCUCGGACCUUUGGAGAUCCCGGUCGCGCGAUCGCGGUUGGGCUUAUCGCACGAUAAGCGACUCGCUCGUCCAACCAUGUUCCGCCUCGUGAAAUUAACUGUCCUGUCGACAUUCUUGUUGACAGUCCUGGUGAUCCAGCUGCCAAGCGUACUCACCUCGCCACUAGACUUUGCGACUCGCCAACAAGUCGGAGGGGACGGGAUAGAGGAUGGAAAGCGCGGUGCGGCGGCCAGCGAGAGUGCUAUCUGCAGUCGCCAUGGAACCGACAUAAUCACAAUGGGUGGAAAUGCUGCGGACGCUGUAAGGAUCUCCCACUUGGGUCGGUCGCUCAUGCGACGCUGUGCUAAUGGCAAGUCCUCAGAUGGUGGCCACAAUGCUUUGCGUUGGAGUUGCAUGUACCACAGUGGCAUUGGAGGCGGUGGUUUCAUGCUGGUCAAGGAUCCUAACGGCUCAUUCGAAUUCAUCGAUUUCCGCGAAACUGCCCCGGCGGCCGCUUUUGAGGAUAUGUUCAACAACAAUACGCAGGCAGCCACCAUCGGGGGCCUCGCAAGUGGUGUUCCUGGCGAACUGCGCGGGCUGGAGUAUCUCCAUAACAAGUAUGGCUCUCUCCCCUGGUCGGCCGUUGUGCAGCCAGCGAUCCAAACCGCGCGUGACGGAUGGCCCGUCGGACAGGACCUGAUCCGCUACAUGGAAGCUGCCGUUGGGGACGGGGAGGAUUUUCUCUCUCGGGACCCUACCUGGGCCCUCGACUUCGCUCCCAAUGGCACCCGGCUCGGUCUCGGCGAUACCAUCACGCGGAAACGGUAUGCGGCUACGCUGGAGACAAUUGCAAGCCAGGGCGCAGAUGCCUUCUACUCUGGAUCUAUCGCGAAAACCAUGGUCAACGCAGUGCAAGCUGCUAACGGUACGAUGACGCUUGAGGAUCUGGCCAAUUACACCGUCGCUAUCCGAAAUGUCUCUCAAAUAGACUACCGCGGUUAUCAGAUCACCAGUACAACAGCCCCAUCUAGUGGCAUUGUCGCGAUGAAUGUGCUGAAGGUUCUGGGCACUUAUGAUGACUUUUUCGGCUCAGAUGCUCUGAAUUUGAGUACUCACCGGAUGGAUGAGGCGAUCCGUUUUGGAUACGGCUUGAGGACCAAUCUAGGGGAUCCGUAUUUUCUGGAAGACAUGGACAAGUACCAGGCCAUGAUGCUGGCAGAUUCCACCAUUGAGGGAAUCCGACAGAACAUAUCCGAUCUGCAAACCCAGGCCGUGGCCGCAUAUGAUCCGGAGGGACUGGAGAGUCUAGAGACGCCGGGCACCUCGCACAUCGCCACGAUUGAUCAUUCGGGGCUUGCUAUUUCUGCGAUCACCACUAUCAACCUUCUGUUUGGAUCGCAAGUGAUGGUUCCCGAGACUGGCAUCAUAAUGAACAAUGAGAUGGACGACUUUUCGAUCCCCAAUUCGUCCAAUUCGUUUGGCUAUGUUCCUUCCGAGGCGAAUUUCAUCCGACCUGGGAAACGCCCGCUGUCAUCCAGCACACCGGCCAUUGUGACCCAUCCGAACGGGACAGUGUUUUUCGUCGCCGGCUCGGCAGGAGGUAGUCGAAUCAUCACGGCCACGAUUCAAAACAUCAUCCACGCGGUCGAUCAAGGCAUGUCAGCAGCGGAAGCCCUAGCCCAGCCACGACUUCACGAUCAGCUUAUUCCGAACCACGUUACAUUUGAGUAUACAUAUGACAACGAGACUGUUUCCUUUAUGGCGGCACGGGGUCACAAUGUGACUUGGGUUGCCCCGGGUCAAAGUACCGCCCAUGCCAUUCGUGUUUUGCCGAAUGGAACGUUUGAUGCUGCCGGGGAGCCCCGGCAGGUUGACUCCGGAGGGUUCGCUGUCUGA